AUGCGGCGAAGGUGGUGUGGAUGGAAGCUUGGACUGCUCAGGCAUGUAGGGAUUUGUCAUGGCAUAAGUGGAAAUGCCUAUGUCUUUCAUGCUCUCUAUCGGCUCGCGGGGAGUCCUGAGUUUCGGUUCAAAGCAAAAUCAUUUGCAUGCUUUUUGCUCGACAGAGGUCAGAAGCUGUUGGCAGAAGGAGAGAUGCGAGGAGGUGAUCAUCCCUUCUCACUCUUUGAAGGAAUUGGAGGCAUGGCUGAUGACUUGUUUCCAAACCUUGCUUUUACUUGGUUAAGAUGUAACGCUAAUCGCAUCUUCAGUUGCCAAAAGAUGAGAAUGAUGCUGAAUGUGGUUCUAGGUCUAGCUCUAGCAUACAAACCAUAUUUGUAUUUUCUGUUUCGGUUGGGAUGGGAGGUUGUUCUCGCUAUUUAA